AUGGACUUGUGGGCUGGUGGCGACUGCCUCGCCAAAACCCGCUUCUCACUGUCAUUGACAUUCUGGAAGGAUCUUGUUCUAAUUCUGACCUCUCUCUGGCCGAUCCAGGGAGCCUAUAAUAUAUUGCCAUACGGCGUGGCCGGGAAUUUGAUUCAACCUAGUCGGCUGCGUUGCAGCGACUUCGUAUGCCAGUGCCUCAAGACUGACGAUAUUACCAACAUCAUUGCCAACGACGUGAUUGACGACUGCGGCGGAAUAAAUGUUGGCAUUGAUAUCUUGACUGCUGCUGUUGGAGAGUUCUGGACCUGCGUUUCGGAGAACGGAAACGACGAGGGCUGUGGCGGUGGGAGUGUUCCCUCCGCCGCCCGUCGACGGCCCCCUCGGUCGCGCCAACCACGACAACUAUGCCAACCACGACUACUGCACCCCCCACGACAACCGCACCUCCUCGCGGCCAUCGCUUCUUGCGCCAACAAGUCGAGCGAGAUCCAGGGUCUGAUUGUGAACGAUGUUGUUUCGGCCUGCGGCCUUGACGCCGGCCUGGGCGUGGAUUCCGCAGUCAAGGACCUGUGCACAUGCGUGGCGAUGAACUCCAAGCCGACAGCUGGAUCAAGCUCCUCUUGCAGUGGAAGUGGCUCGGGCUCUGGAAGUGGAACCGGCUCCGGCUCCGGCUCCGGCUCCGGGUCAGGCACCGGUACUGGCACCGGUUCCAGCUCCGACACUGGCAUCGGGUCUGGCUCUGGAUCAGCAUCGCCCACUACAUCCAAGCCGCCGGUUGCCACAGCUGGCACCGGCAAGCCGAUUGCUGCCGGGCCCGCUUUGGCCAUCGCCAUUGCUGUUUUCAACGUUACCGGAGCGAAUACCACCCGGCCCGUGGGGGACUGCGUCGGGCCAGCGGGGUACAACUUUGACUGUUCUGGACGCCUGCAGUGA